UAUCAUAUGAAUUUUGAUAAUUUAAAGCACGUGAAUAUUGAAUUCAAAUUUGGAAUAUGGUUUGCUUCUACAAAUAAAUAAUAAUACUUAUUUUUUUUAUAUUAUGACGGGUAUUAUUACAGGAUUUUAAAUUUUAAACUAAAGUGGUUCGUUCUAUCAAAUCAUCAAGUGCAAUGAUGUGCAUACUGUAUUGACAUUUAUUUGAAGUUUUGAUGCAUUUAUUCAAAAUUCAUAUUGUAUAGUAAAGUGGAGGCCAUAGAAGAUUAAUGAUGAAUGAUUUAAGUAAAAUGGAUUUAGUCAAAUAUUUUGACGAUGAACGAAAAUCUUUGCCUGUUACUCUUCAAAAAGAUAAACUUUGUAGUUUAAUUCAAAAAAAUGAAACUUUAAUCAUAAUUGGAGAAACAGGAAGUGGCAAGACAACACAAAUUCCACAAAUUGUUUAUGAAAACAUAUUACUUCCAGAUGAAGAUGUAGUUGUUACACAACCAAGACGUGUAGCAGCGAUAUCAUUAGCUGAACGUGUAUCAUAUGAAGUAAACACUGAAAUUGGAGACCUGGUUGGUUAUAGAGUCAGGUUUAUUGACAAAACUAAUCAUUUUACUAAAAUAAAGUUUAUGACUGAUGGUAUGCUAUUACGCACAGCUAUUUUAGAAAAGAGCUUAUCGGCAUAUGGAUGUGUUAUUUUAGAUGAAGCUCAUGAACGUACUGUAAAUACUGAUUUACUUUUCGGAAUUGUAAAAAAAGUCCAACGCAGUCGUAAAAAUAGUUCUAACCCUCUUAAAGUAAUUGUCAUGUCAGCAACAAUGAAUGCUGAUUUAUUUGCAGAUUAUUUUGGUAAUGCACAAAUUGUCUACUUACAAGGUAGGCUCCAUGACAUCAAAAUAUUCCACGCUAAGAAAAAUGUAGAGGAUUACUUUCACGAUACUUUUGUUACAAUAUUUCAAUUACAUAAAGAGGCACCUGAACGCCAUGACUUUUUAGUUUUUCUAACUGGUCAAGAAGAAAUAGAAAAUAUGGCUCUUGCUAUCGAGCACAUUAACCAAGAUCCUUCUUUAAGAAAUUAUCCUGUUAUUAAAGUACGGACAUUAUAUGCUUCGUUGCCUACCAAUGAGCAGCUCAAAGUAUUCAUGUCAUUGGAACCUAAUGAGUUUGCUAGGAAAAUCAUAUUGAGUACAAAUAUUGCAGAAACAUCAGUUACUUUGACUGGUAUUAAAUAUGUGAUUGAUUGUGGCAAAGUUAAAGUUAGAUGUUUUCAUCCAGAAACCUCGAUGGAUGCUCUCAAAGUAGAAAAUAUAUCUCAAGCCCAAGCUGAACAAAGAGCGGGUCGUGCGGGACGUGAAUCAGAUGGAUAUUGUUACAGGAUAUAUUCAAAACAGCAAUAUGAUGAAAUGACCAAAGACCCAGUCCCGGAAAUCUUGAGGUGUAAUUUGGGUAAUGUAGUAUUACAAAUAUUGGCCAUGAAUAUGGAUCCUUACAAGUUUGAUUUUAUUAAUAAGCCAUCAACAGAUGCAAUCGACCAAGCUUACAAUAUGCUGGGAAAUUUAGGCGCUACAAAAAACAGUAUUUUAACUGAAGUGGGUCAUAAAAUGACUAAAUUUCCUCUCGACCCAAGAUACUCAAAAAUAAUUUUGUCAUCAGUGAACUAUGGUUGUUUGGAAGACAUUGUAAAUAUUGUAUCUAUAUUGUCUACUGAUUCAAUUUUUGUGUCUAGUCUUUCGGAAAAAAAAAAGAAACAAGCCGAAGAUGCUCAUACAAAAUUCAAGUCAUCCGUCAGUGAUCAUAUCAUGUUACUGAAAACAUUUCGUUCGUUUAGGAAAAUAAGAAAAGAAUCUAAAUCCAGUUGGUGUGAUGAUAAUUUUCUCAACCUCCGUAAUUUAGAAUAUGCAGAUCGUGCUCGAGAACAGUUACUUGAUAUCUGUAGGUAUUUACAUUUACCAAUUGGCCAAUCUUGUGGGGACAAUUUUGACCCUAUCAGAAAAUGUUUGUUGACGGGAUUUUUUGAAAAUCUGGCAUAUAUUAAUCAGGAAAAAAAAUAUAUAACAGUUAAUGCUAAGAAAGAGUGCAAAAUCCAUCCAACUUCAACACUGUUUCAUUCGUAUCCUCAUUGUGUUCUAUAUACAGAAAUUAUAGAAACCAGUCAACCAUACAUGAAACAUAUAACUGUAAUUGACAAAGAGUGGUUGCUUGACGUUGUCCCUAACGUUCAUCAACGUCAUAAUUAUCAAGUACUAAUGAAUAGUGAAUUAUAGCUUAACAAAAUUACUACCUAAGUAGUAUAUAAACAUUUUAUACAAAUCUAUUUUUUAAUAGUUGACUGCAAAUAAGAAUGUAUUAUAUAGGACAUAGUAUACAAGUUUCUUGUAUUUUGUAAAUUAUAAAUUGUAUUAUAUUAAGUUUAUAUUUUUCAAUUCUAAAUAUACUCUGUAGAAUAUCAUACAAUAUAAGUACAACACAUUUUUGUAAAAAAAUAUUAUACAUGUUAUAUAUUUCAAUUGUUUUUUGAAUUGGUCUCGCCAUCUCAGAGUACAAAGAAUUAUAUAUUUAAUAUAAAAUAAAUUUUAAUAAAAAUAACACACUUAAUAUAUGCACAACUAUAAAUUAUGUUUGAACUUAAGUGUCUCAUAAUAGUUUUAAGUUGAUAAAUAAAUAAAUUAUUUAAGUUCAUAAGUAAUUUUUUAAUAAUAUUGAUAAAACACAAGAAUACUAUAAAAAAAAAUAAAAAAAAAUAAAAAAAAAAAAUAAAUAAUAAAAUGUAAUACCUAUAUGUAUUUUGGUAGGGUCGAUAAAAAAUAUGACAUAAAUUACUUCUUUACUAUAGGGGUGCGCACGGGGCGAGCUGGUUGAGCUCUGGUUUGAUGGGAAUCUUUUUUUGGAGGAAAAUAAAAUUUCAAAUUUGUGUAGGUAUAUAUAUUUAAUUAUAACAAUAUGUUCAAGAUCAAGAAAAUAUUAUUUGUUGUAAUAGUGAAAUAAAAUUAAAAAUAUUUGUAUACCAUUACAACAAUUUUAUUAAUUUAUUCAUCUAACAAAAAUAUUAUGCACAAAAUAAUAUUUACCUUGACUAUGGAGUGUAUGGAUAUUAAUAGGUUGGUUAUACAUAAAUAUAUCAUUUUAUUUUUGUAUUUAUGGGGUUUAUUUAAUAUUAAGAUAAUCGGACCUGCACCAACAGACUCGUUGAAAAACACGAUCAUUGAAGAAUUCAAAAGUAUGGGAAAUAGAAGAAAUCAUUUAUAAUUAUUUAAUUAAAAUUAUUACAUAAUUAAGUUUAUAUAAUAUAAUAUUAUGUGAAUACAAUUUUUUGUUCAUUAAACCGAUUUUUUUUUAAAUAUUGGA